AUUUUCAUUGUUCUAUCUAAUCUUUGUUAGUAUUCCAAUCGAUUAAUGACUUUUAAUUGUGGCUCAUAACGAAAAAAAAAAAAAAUCAACAGAUUUGUUAUUAACUCUGCAUCAAAAAUUGUAGAUAACGUCCAAAAUAAACACAUUUAUGCAUACUUUGACCUCAUCUGAUUUAUUGGUUUUGAAAAAGACCGUGGGGAUAUGAUAAGUACAAACUCUACUUGAGAUAGAAACUUUUCUGGCGAAUAACAUGAUAACGAACGCUACUUCUAGUCGCUGUUUGAACGUUUGUGAUGUUUGAUUUUAACAGUUAGUUUUAUAAAAGUGUUUUUUUAAGUAUUUAAAAUGGCUAGCAAACUGCUUAAAAUUGGAUUUAUUGGUGGUGGAAAAAUGGCUCAAGCUAUGGCAAAAGGAUUUAUAUCAGCAGGAUUAAGUAAAGGGGAAUCUAUGACUGCUAGUUGCCAUCCAAGUGAUAUGAUCUCUCAUAAUGCUUUUAAAGAAUUAGGAGCCGAAUCAAUUUUUGAGAAUGUCCCCGUUGUACAAAACUCAGACGUUGUGAUAAUUGCAACUAAACCAUCAGUAGUUCCAAUUGCUUUGGCAGAUAUUACCAAAGCAAAAGUUCCGGCUGGAAAAUUAUUUCUUUCCAUAGCCAUGGGAGUUACCAUUAAACAAUUAGAAUCGUACCUUCCUGGUGAAUCUCGUGUAAUUAGAGUUAUGCCAAACACUCCAGCUUUAGUCAGAUCGGGUGCUUCCGUUUACGUUUGUGGUUCAAAAGCAACUGAAGAGGAUGGUAAGGUUACCAGAAAAUUAUUAGAAUCAAUCGGAACUUGUGAUGAAGUUACUGAAUAUAUGUUGGAUCCAAUAACAGCUUUAAGCGGAUCUGGACCAGCUUAUAUUUAUAUUAUGAUAGAAGCUUUAGCUGAUGGUGGUGUUAAAAUGGGAUUACCAAGAGAUUUAGCUUAUCGUUUAGCAUCACAAACUGUUUUAGGAGCUAGUACAAUGGUAAAAGAAACCAAAACUCACCCAGGAGUUUUAAAAGACGAUGUUACAUCUCCUGCUGGUUCAACAGCAGCCGGUUUACACUUUUUAGAACAAAAAGGUAUUCGCGCUGCUUUAAUAGGUGCAAUUGAAACAGCAACUUUAAGAUGUCGUGAAGUGGCCCAAGGGCCGGCCAAGUAAAUACCGAGAACUUAACGUAGGCACGAAAAGAAUCCGGCUAUUUUUUUGGGUUGCUUUCGAGGGGCGGUCGUUUUAAAAAAUAUUUAUAUUAAGACGCGGGAGGCCGAAACCUAUAAAUAAAUAUUUUCCUCCUUAA